CAAUACAUGUUAGUACGUCUUUGCCAAAGGAUGGAUUAGGUUUCCUCCAUAAUUUGAAGUUUAGUGAUUUGACAAUGUUACAAGAAUUCGGUUCACUUUAUUGUCAAUUGAUCAAACAUUGUUUCGUUAUUAAUAUUCAAGAAUAAUAUCUAAUCUUUUCUCAAGAAAAUUGAGAAAUUUUUAAGACAAUUGUAAAAUUAAGAAUUCAUCAGAAAUAUGAAUAUUGUUAUUUAAUUAGAAAUAAUAUUUAUAAAAAAAGGUUUUUGUUAAAGUAAGAGGAGUACGAUUUUGAUCAAAGUUAAUGAGUAUAAGUAAUUACGUAUUAAAGAUCAUCUUUCUGUGAGCAAAAAAAAAAAGAAAAGAAAUUUAGUGGAGCGCACAAAAAUAUCAAAAGAGCGUUAUUAAACUAUAUAGAUACUAUCCUGAAAAAAGAUGACUUCGGAAGACAUUUCGGAUGAACUGUUGACAAAAUGGGUUCAGGAAAUACCGACAGUUCAAGAAAUUAACAAGUCCAUGCAAAGCUUUGCUAUUCCGGAUUAUACCGUUUUCGUCUUAAUGCUUUCAGCUUCUGCUUUCGUUGGUAUUUAUUUUGGUUUUAUAAAAAAAAUUUCAGGAGAGGAUGAAUAUUUAGUCGGUGGUAGAAACAUGAAGGCAUUUCCAAUUGGUUUGAGUCUAAUAGCCAGCUUUAUAUCAGGUAUAUCUUUACUGAGUAUACCAACUGAGGUUUAUGUUUAUGGUACUAGUUAUCUUUUCAUCUCUUUUGGAUUGAUCAUUACUGGCCUUGUUAUGUCAAAUGUAUUUCUACCUGUUUUUCAUGAUUUAAAACUCACUAGCACGUACGAGUAUCUUGAAAGACGUUUCGAUAAAAGAAUCCGAUUAUUAGGAUCUGUCCUUUUUUCCAUCAGUAUGAUAGUCUAUCUACCCAUUGUCAUCUAUGUACCAGCAUUAGCUUUUAAUCAAGUGACCGGAAUUAAUGUCCAUAUCAUCACACCUUUUGUAUGCAUCAUCUGUAUUUUUUAUACUUGUAUGGGUGGAUUAAAAGCAGUGGUCUGGGCUGAUUUUAUUCAAGCUUUCGUGAUGUUUGGAUCGAUGCUUUUGAUCGUGAUCAAAGGCACUUCAGAUAUAAAUGGAUUAUCGGUUGUAUUAGAAAGAAAUCGGGAUUCUGAUAGACUCGAAUUUCCAACAUUAGAUUGGAGUCCUAUGGCGAGACAUACAGUUUGGUCGCUUAUAAUUGGAGGAUUUGUUCAAUGGUUGCAAUCUUUGGCAAUAAGUCAGAACAUAAUCCAGCUUUUUCUCGCACUACCUACUUUGCAGUUGGCUAGGAGGGCACUCUGGUGUUUUAUUAUCGGAGUUUCAUUAAUCGUGGGAACGUGUGGAUAUGCAGGAUUGUUAAUAUAUGCUUGGUAUUAUAAAUGUGAUCCUCUGACGACGAAAUUGGCUGGUACAAAGGAUCAGCUUUUACCUCUUUUAGUUAUGAACGUUUUGGGAGAUUAUCCUGGAUUACCUGGUUUAUUUGUUGCUGGAGUAUUCAGUGCUGCUCUCAGUUCUUUAUCAACUGGUUUGAACUCUAUGGCAGCGGUCGUAUUAGAAGACUUUAUUAAGCCAUUUCGUAAAACAGGAUUCACUCCUAGAAUCACUGAUAUACUUAUAAAAUGUAUAGUUAUUAUCAUAGGAGUAAUUUGUGUGGCUCUCGCUUUUAUCGUCGAAAAAACUGGAUCGCAUGUUUUGCAGUUAUCUAUCAGUUUAAAUUCUAUCACAAAUGGUCCAUCUCUUGGUAUUUUUACUAUGGGGGUUCUAAUGCCUUGGGUAAAUGCAAAGGGUGCUCUCAUUGGUGGUUUAGCUGGUUGUGGUUUUAUGAGUUGGAUCACUCUAACAGCUCAAGCAGCUAUAGCUACUGGAAGAAUGAAAUUCGAUGAAAAACCUGUUUCCAUUAAAGAAUGUACAUAUUCAUUUCCUCAAGUAGAAAAUCUCUUUUUAUUGACACCUCCUGAAACUGUAUUGAACGAAGAAGACGGGAAUUUAUUUCCUGAGCUAUGGGCAUUGUAUCGUAUCAGUUAUUUAUGGUAUACCGUAAUUGGUACUUUGGUUACCCUGAGUAUUGGUCUUAUAGUAAGUAUUAUUUCUUCCGAGGAUGUUGACAAAUUAGAUCCUAUGCUAUUAGCUCCAUUUAUAAGAAAGUUCCUGAGAUCUUCUAACAAAGAUUUACGACAAACACAGAUUGCAAAAACCAAUCUCAAAGUAGAAGAACAAAUGGACACUGAAGAUGAUAAAAUUUUUGCAGUGUCAUCGAUAUGAUAAUGAUUAGUUAUGUAAGAUUUGUUUACAAAAGAAAUUUUAUAUUUUAAUUUUUAUUAUUUUUUAUACAAAAUUAUGCUACACACAUGUAUUUAUAUCGUUGUAUUUACGAUCUUAUUACGAAAUAUCUGUUUUGGAAAAGAAUUUGAACUCUAGAUGACGGAUUUAUAAUUGUAUAUUUGAAAAUACAUUUAAAUUUUGCUUAAAAUGUUGCAUAAACAUAACAUAUGUGAAGUCUUCACGAUAAAGUUCAUUAUUUAUUAAUCUAUAUUCUAUAAUUGUUUUUUGCGUAUCACACGUAGGAAUACAUUAUUUAUUAAAUCUUAUAAAAUAUUCGAUUUAUCAUUUUUUCUUUUCAUUUCUUCACUUUUUCAGUAUGAGAUAAUAGAAUGAUUGUAACGGAUCUUUUUCUACUCGUAGAAAAAGAUUUAUUUAUGAAUUGUCAUCGAAAAAAGAGUACACACUUAUAUUAUUAUUACAAUAAAAAGGAUUAUAUAAAGAAUAAUUAAUAUCAAAAGAAAAAAAA